CAUCCCUCUGUUCAUUUGGAGCCCGCCCUAAAACUUGUUUUUAUACUUUCCUAGACGUCACCGUUAUAUACACUUCCAUCCUGCUUAGGGUUUUUCAAUUGACUAGGGUUUCGAAUCUUACACACACACCCACACACCCACACACACUCUCAAAUUAAAACCACUGCUAUGAAGAAAGAGCAGCUCGAUAUGUCCGAUCUCGCUUCCUCCUUACCCGCUGCCGCCGCCGCUCUCAGCGCCGAGGAUCGUGCGGGCCUGGUUAACGCCCUUAAGGAUAAACUUCAAAAUCUGGCUGGACAGCACUCUGAUGUGCUUGAGAGCUUGACUCCAACUGUUAGGAAGAGAGUUGAGGUUUUAAGACACAUUCAGAGUGAACAUGAUGAGAUAGAGGCGAAGUUUUUUGAAGAGAGAGCAGCACUGGAAUUAAAAUACCAGAAACUGUAUGAGCCAUUGUAUUCAAAGAGGUAUGAUAUAGUGAACGGUGUUGUUGAAGUUGAUGAAGUAAAGGAUGAAGCUGCAGCUGACCAGACAGAUGGCAAAGAUGAAAAGGGCGUGCCUGAUUUUUGGCUAACUGCAAUGAAGACCCAUGAAAUAUUGGCAGAGGAGAUAUCGGAACGAGAUGAAGAUGCUCUAAAGUAUCUGAAGGAUAUUAAGUGGUGCCGGAUUAACGAUCCCAAGGGUUUUAAGCUGGAGUUCUUUUUUGAUACCAAUCCUUAUUUUACAAACUCAGUUUUAACCAAAGUAUAUCAUAUGAUCGACGAUGAUGAGCCUAUUUUAGAGAAGGCAAUAGGGACAACCAUUGAAUGGUUACCAGGAAAAUGCUUGACACAGAAGAUAUUAAAAAAGAAACCAAAGAAGGGAUCAAAGAAUGCUAAACCAAUCACAAAGACUGAAGAGUGUGAAAGUUUCUUUAACUUCUUUAGCCCACCACAAGUGCCUGAGGAUGAAGAUGAUAUUGAUGAGGAGAUGGCCGAAGAACUUCAGAAUCAAAUGGAGCAAGACUAUGACAUUGGUUCAACUAUACGGGACAAAAUUAUUCCACAUGCUGUUUCGUGGUUCACGGGCGAGGCUGUCCAGGAGGACGAGUUUGAAGGCAUAGAAGACGACGAUGAUGAUAACGACGAAGACGACGACGAUGAAGAACUUGAUGACGAUGAAGACGAAGAAGAUGACGAGGAUGAUGAAGAUGAAGAGGAGAGCAGGAGCAAGACGAAAGCAAAGAAGGGCAGCAAUCCACCAGCUGGUGCUACAGCAGAGGGUGAGCGACCUCCUGAGUGCAAGCAACAAUAGUCUUGAAGGCUGCUAAUGGGGUGCGUACCACCACUGAGUUUCCCCUCAAAUGGGGCUAAUGACCAACAUUGGGCAGGUGCCAAUGGCGUGUUUGAGGAUUUGGAAGUUGUGGUUGGAGAAUUUUGGCCAAUUGUUUUGGAUUUUUAUCUGCAUUUUAUUUUAUUUUUUAUUUGUGCAUUGGAGUUCUAUUAUCUGUUAAAAUGUCAAGUUUUAAUUUUUAGGUUACCAUCUUGACUUGUCAAACGGAGCAUAAUAUGUAUGUUUUGUCCCAUCUUUUCUUGGUUUGUAAGCAUGUUUCAGAAACUGGUUGACCAUUUUUGUUAUAAUUAUAUCGGAUCUCUUGCA